UGUCUACUACUAAUUACAUUAAUUUACGUGUACUGAUUUAUUGUUAACUAACGAACAAACCCGCUCCAGUGUGAAAUUCCGACACUUCCAUUAGCACGAGAGCAGUAGCACAGCUCACUUCCUUUGCCCUGGCGGUCGCCAUGGCGACGGCUUACGCGGCUACUAAUGCUGUAGGCUGAAGUUUAUGUAGAGGAGUUUGACCUGCUCCGACACUUUAAAGCUAAGUAGCUAAUGUUAAAAGAGUCGACCUGCAGCGUGAGGUGUUACUGGCUGCGUCAACAAGAAGUUCGCGUCAAAAAGACUCGGAGCAGAGGCUUUUCAGUGAGCGUGCUCCAGAGGAAUGGGAGCCUGUGGCCAACAUGUCAGACUCACUGAUCACUGCUCAUGAGUCAAAGCCUCAGUGUAGUGACGGAAAAGCUGCAGACAAGGAGGGAGAGCUCCCCGUUGAGGCGGACGUGGGGUCUGUGGGGUCCAACUCAGCAGAUGACGUCACAUCACACACACCUGACUCCUCCCAUCAUGUCACAUGGGCCGUUCACGUUGCCUUGGCCGUUCCAGGAGAAGAAGCUGAAGCCCCUGAAAAGGCCAAGAAACAGAAUGUAGGCUCAUCUAAUGUCCCCACAAAAGCCAACAAAGCUCAGAGCUGUUACCACGUUGAGUACAAGUUGUUAAGUGACAUGGAGCCAGUGAAAGUGGACCUCGUGUUGUUAGGGCCAUUAGCAAGAAUGUACACAGAAGAUGAGAGCAAGAUUCUGAGAACGUGGCAGGAACGCGGUCAGAUAUGGAUUUGCUGGACCCAAAGGUUCAAAAUCAACGCCAGCAGAGACACGUUGAUGAGUCUUCGCCACCAGAAGAUCAGGCUGCAGAUAUGGAACAGCAGGGACCGACUGUGCAGCCAGGCUCGCUAUGAAAGACUGCGAGUGUUCAGAACGGCACCGGAUCAGGCUGAGGCAGCGAGCCACGUGUGUGCUGGUAUCAGGACCAUGGUCUUGGAGCUCAGAGAAAGGUGUGAGAGGAUGUCCAGCAGGUGCAAAAAGAAUAAAAGAGACACACUGUUGAGCUCGGCUUCAAAUGUGGACUCCGAAACAGUGACGCCUGCUGCCUGUGAAGACGUGACCAACAGUGGCUCCACCUCCGCUGAGAUGAGUCUCGUCCGGUUCCUGGCAGGUGAGACGUCGGUGGCCCAGCAGUUCCUGGUCCACUCUGCCGGCGUGUUUGAGAUCCUGUGGAGCAUCUGUUUGGACAGACCUCUGCUGUCUGACCAGCUCAAAGCUGAACUCAACCCACUGGUCAUAACUAUUCUGUCUGCCACCUCUCUGCCCUCAUCCCCAGUCCCGUUCCACAUUCUGCAGGAGAAAUGCAGGCCUGUAUAUUGUCAGUACCAGUUCCAUAAGCUGAGUGUGCACAGGACACGUGAUCACCAGCAUGCAGCCAGCAUCCAUUUCCAAGACGUGAAUGUGGUUCUGAUGGGCUUGAUGAGUCCCGCGGAGCUCCAGGAGCUCCUCUCUGGUCCCCCGCUGCAGAUAGAGGUCCACGACCGUGACACACCCCUGGAGAAGAAGCCGCGGCCUGCAGGCGUGCGUGGUCCAGGGCCGGAGGACGGCGCGCGGAGCCGAGCAGCACCAGCCCAGAACACGGCGCCGCCUCAGCCCCACGGGGUCGCCAGGCUCCGCCUCUCUGAGCUGCUUGAUGGGAAGCAGAGUAUAGAGCGGCAGCUGCCCAUCACACGCUGCUCUUCUCCGCCGCCGCUCAGGGGCUGCAGGGCUGCCGGCGAGCCGCCGGGCCACUACCUGGAGGCCAACUCUCAGCUGAAAGUCAAAGUUGAGCUGGCUCGGCCCCUCAGCUGCGGGAUGAAGCCCGGCCCCUUUGGGCGCAUCAUCUACCUACUGCAUCACAGCAACGUGUCCGCGAUGAGCGCGCUGAGGUCUCAGGUGCUCAGAACCAACGCGGCAGCCUUCGGUCUGGGCUCACGGCCUCUGGAGCACAUACAGCGAGCCCUGUCCAAUCACACGCUCCACUACAAGCUUGACCAGAGCGACAGUCUGGACUUCCUUUCAGGAUUCCACGUGUUAGAUAAGAGGACACAAAUCUUUGUUGUUGAAGGGCUGAAACACAAAGCGGUGAGGAGUCUGUGGGAGGCCGUUCCUAUGAAGCUGAGCAACAGCGAGGAGCAGCAGGUUACAGUCCUGUAUAACUCAGACCUGGGGUUCUUCAAGCGCAUGUAUGACUCAUUAGACGUUGGUCUGAGUCCCAUUCGUCUGCAUGAGCCGCUGGACAGCAUCAUGAGGCGGUGUGUCCUCUACGUCAGAGGCAGCGUCCCCCAGCCCUGCUUCCAAGCUUUAUCAAGGUUGAACCAGCUCCGCCACACAACACAGCUGAGCAGCGUGGUUCAGUACGACCUCCUGCCCUCAGCAGACAUGAUCCUCAGCCUGAUGCAAGUGCACGGCGCCCGCGUUGACCCGUGGGAGCUCGAGGCUGCAGCCAACGCUGAGGCUGAGGUCUGGCCCGUCCGUGCGAGGCCACGCCUCCGCACACGCCUCCGCACACGCCUCCACACACGCCUCCACACACGCAGCACACACUCCAGCCUGCGCAGGCACAGCGCUCAGCGGAGGGACUUCAUCCAGGAAAACAUUGAAAAGCUGCAGGAGGAAAGUGAGCGGAGGCAGAAGCCAGAGGCUCCGGUGCUAAGGAUCCUACAGACUGAUCCUGGACCAGUACACAACUACAGCACACAGACCUUCAACUCCAGUGAACAGGCCAAGGAGCUGCUUCAGAAAGAGAUGGCGAAGGUUCCGGGGCGCAGGUUCACAUACAGUCAGAGCUACCACGGUGCCACCGUAGAACCGGGACGCGUGACCUCUCAACGUGACUCCGCCUCCACAUUCUGGAUCACGAGUACGCGAGACAAGCGUGAGGCGCAGCUUCAGCUCCUGGACUCGGCUCGUGUGGAGGAGCUGCGGACGCCGUGGAGGGAGAACAUCCUUCACGCCAACAUACUGCAGCCCGUGGUUCUGAGGGACCGCUGGACCUGGAGCCAGCGCCACCAGGACUUUCAGCUGUACAGCAGAGCCCCGGCCUUCUUCAGCUCAGCUCCCGUCACCAUUCACCUGGCUGGAAACGUACUGCAGCAGGAGCAGCUCGCGGCGGCGAGGGCUCAGUACAGUCGCUGGCUGAAGAAGCUGCUUCCUGACAGCAGCAGCAGCAGCAGCAGCAGCGAGCCUUCUCACAGACCCAACCCAGGAUUCAAGUGUCACAUGGGAGGAAACUAUGACACACUUCAGGAUAUACUGAAAGAUGAGCCUAAGAAAUAUUCACUGAGGAAGCCGGGUCUGAGGCUGAAGCCUGUGCCUCAACUGUCUGUGAUGAGCGUGGCGUCAGACAAAGCAGAGGUGAAGCAGGAGGCCUUGGCUCCAGGUCCCUGUGUGACCUGCAGCCUUAGUGACAACAACGUCAUCCCCAGACACGCCUCCCCGUGCAAGCAGCAUCACCACACUCAGCAGCACUGCUUCCUGUACAAGAGGAGCGCUCGGCCCCCGACAGACCAGGAGAGGAGCACCUGCAGCUCCCCUCAGUAGGGGGCAACCUGAUGGGGCUGCACUUCCUGCAAAACAGGCGGUAAAAUAGGGACUGAUGUUAGAGCACGUUGGCUGGAACCUUGUAAAAACCAUCUGUACGUAUCCAGAAACAGUGCUUAUAUUUGAAGCUGA